CGAUAAGACACAGCGCCAUUCAAUGCCGGUGUUCUGAGCAGCCCCGAGCAUGUUUCAUGUUCUGCUGUUUGGAAUGAUCUGCGUGUCUCACUGUCUUUGUGGACGUAUAAAACUUGAACCACGCUAUGCAUACACUACACAGGGAAACAAGUUCAUCUUCAACUGCCAUGUACAGACGGGCGUCCACGGUUUGGUUAUCUUCAAGGGGGAGAAGUCUCAUGGUACUGUCUGCUCAGUGGGAAGUACAGAGAAACAGACCAUGAGUAGCACGGACUACGAGUGUUCCCAUGUAGACGAGAACACCUAUCUCCUGAUCAUCAGAAAUGUCUCUGCGACACAUUUCUCAUCAUGGACUUGUCAGUCUGGUGGACAGAAGAGUAACACCGUCACUUUGAACGUCACAUAUCCACCUACGGUUGCUAUAGCUAAUGUCGAUUCACGGCUGGCAUUUGUAUAUUUGCUUGGUGAGAACUACACAUCUUUGAACUGUUCAGUCACAGCAGCAAACCCAUUCCCGUUUAACUUUACCUGGUACCAUGGAGGGAAGGUUGUUGGCAGAGAUCAGAUCUACACUAUACCCACAGUGAAAAAGUCUAGUUCCGGGCUGUACAGAUGUGUCGCUGACAAUGGGAUAUUCUCACCUGGAGAGGACAGUGUUACAGUUGACGUGCACUUUCCGCCAUCUGUGAAACUAACACCAGUGCUGCCUUGCUCAGGAUAUACUGUCAUCUUUGGCAAGAGGAUUGUAUCUCUAAACUGUUCCGUGACAGCCGCAAACCCAUUCCCGUCUAACUUUACCUGGUACCAUGAAGGGAAGGUUGUUGGCAGAGAUCAGAUCUACACUUUACCCACAGUGUACAAGUCUAGUUCCGGGCUGUACAGAUGUGUAGCUGACAAUGGGAUAUUACCACCUGGAGAGGAUAGUGAUACAGUUGACGAGCACUAUCCACCAACCGUCCAAAUUGGCCACACCCAGAUAAUGGUCAACGAAUCAGAAGAUCUGACCAUCAACUGUACAGCAGAUGCACACCCGAAAGUGACGUCACUAGUGUGGUCAAAGGAAGGCGUAGGACCAAUAAUCUCUGAAAAUGGGACUCUUCAUCUGAAAGACAUACGGAAAGGAGACAACGGGGUAUAUGUCUGCACCGCCACCAAUUUUGUCACAACCUGUAGUGGAACACGACAGAGUAAACAAUCGUCCAGAACUGUCACAGUACAUGUAUUAUCCACGAUCCCUCUUUACCUGGUCGCCACGGCAGGAGCAGCAGCUGGACUUGUAGUCGUAGUCGUUGGUGUCCUCGGACUAUUGUAUGCAAGGAGACGACAUCAUAGAGUGAAAGAUGCUGCAGCAACAGCUGUUCAAGACGAUGACGACAACGCCCUGAAUGACCAACUUUACACAGAACCAGGUCAGGACUACCUAGACCCAAUCGCCCAGUCAACACCUGAAGAUAAGUAUACCACUCUGACGGAUCGACCUGGUAGAGAUCUGUUCUACACAGAAUUGUCCCCUUUACAAGAACCCCCAUCUGGCUCCAAGGCGCCUUCUGAUGCCCUGCCAGCUAUCGGUGACUGCUUCCCGAGCGUUGUAGACAAUGGUAGUCAUUAUGAGACCAUGUUACCGCCUAUAGUUGGAGCGACUGCAGUGUGAGAGAGUAAUCAUGAUAAGAGGCGGGGAUACAUGGACUAAAGAGAGUGAGGGAUGACAGGUGGUUGGGAUGCGUGACAAUAGGAAGGAAGGGACGACCAAAGCAUUGGAUUCAUAACCGGACCGAGGGAAUCAUGACAAUAAGGUAUUGCUGAGGGGGAGGGGUUGGGGACGCAAUUCAGCCUUCUUCUUCUCCCUUCUUCACGUCACAAGUUGUUGCCUCUAACCACUGCACUUGUCCACUUGAUGCACUGGGAUAGGUAUGAGGUCACUCAACGUUAAUUAUGAUUGUUUGUGCUAUUAAAAGUGGAUUGUACAAAUGAGUGACAUUCUUGAUGACAGUUACCUGAUGUCGAACUUCAGAGAGUCUGUUGUUACUUGUGCAGCACAGCUUCCGUGAAUAUUUCAUCGUAUGACCUUUGUUCACAUAUGGGGGCGGUGGGGUAGCCUAGUGGUUAAAGCGUUGACUCGUCACGAGACCCGGGGUUCGAUUCCCCACAUGGGCACAAUGUGUGAAGCCCAUUUCUGGUGUCCCCCGCCGUGAUAUUGCUGGAAUAUUGCUAAAAGCGGCGUAAAACUAAACUCAUUGGGUCAGUCAGUUGUUCACAUAUGAACGAUGACGCCUUUGUUAUCAUAUUAUCUUCACUACAUAUGUUUUCAUGUUAUCAGCACUAUGCAUGUUAUUAUGUAUUCAGCACUAUAUAUGUUAUCAUAUUAUCAGCACUAUCGUUGUUAUCACAUUAUCAGUACUACUUUGCUUUUCUUAUAUCAUUAACACUGCCUUUGUUAUCUAUCAUCAGUGAAGUCUUUCGUCGUACUAUUAGCACAGUAUAUGUUAUCACAUUAUUAGUACUACCUUUGUUAUCAUAUUAUCGACACUGCCCAUGUUAUCAUAUAACCAGCCACGCCUUUGUUUUCAUGUAAUGAGUGCGCCCUUUGUUAUGAUUUCAUCAGCACAGUAUAAUGUUAUCACAUUAUCAGAACUACCUUUAUUAUCAUAUUAUCAGCACUACGUUUGUUCUCAUAUAAUCAGUGAAGUCUUUCGUAUCAUAUUAUCAAUACAGUAUACGCUAUCACAUCAUCAGCAUUACCCUAUCAGAGAGGCCUUGGUUAUAUAAUCAUAACGGUAUUAUGUUAUGUUAACAACAUUUUGUUUCUCAGGAUACUAUCAGAGAAGCCUUGGUUAUAUAAUCAUAGUGGUAUUAUGUUAUGUUAACAACAUUGAGUUUCUUAGGAUGCUAUCAGGGAGGCCUUGGUUAUAUAAUCAUAACGGUAUAAUUAUGUUAACAGCAUUGAAUUUAUUAGGAUACUAUCUGAGAAGCCUUGGUUGUAUAAUCAUAACGGUAUAUGAUGUGUUAACAGCAUUGAGUUUCUCAGGAUACUAUCAGAGAAGCCGUGGUUAUAUAAUCAUGAUGAUAUAUGUUACGUAACAGCAUAUAGUUUCUUAGGAUACUAUCUGAAAAGCCUUGGUGAUAUAAUUAUAACGGUAUAUGUUAUAACAAUAUCAGCACUACCUUUGCAUCAUCUUUUCAUUACGGCUCAUGAUACCAUGAUAUUAUCACGAUAUAUAUUAUCCAAUAUUUAACUCGACAAACUUGUAUCUUGCUCAUGUAUCAGGCUAAACUAUGAUAAACAUUGAAACACUAAAUUAUUUCUACUUAGUAAAGCCAGUUCCAUUGUUAUGUAGGAAGUGACUAUAAUCUAAAUAAUGUUAAUAAAAAUAUAUGCAAAAUUAAAUAAUGUUAUGUGGUAAGUUUAUAACACUGUACAUGCGGAUGUCCAGUGGGGCAGUAGUGUGCUGUGUCCCGGAAGGUACUACAGGAUACGACAACGAUAUGGGUUUUUGCACUAUAUUAUGAGCGGGGCAGUAGUGUGCUGUGUUCCGGAAGGUACUACAGGAUACGACAAAGAUAUGGGUUUUCCCACUAUAUUAUGAGCGGGGCAGUAGUGUGCUGUGUUCUGGAAGGUACUACAGGGUAAGACAACGAUAUGGGUUUUUCCACUAUAUUAUGAGCGGGGCAGUAGUGUGCUGUGUUCCGGAAGGUACUACAGGGCACGACAACGAUAUGAGUUUUUCCACUAUAUUAUGAACGGGGCAGUAGUGUGCUGCGUUUACAAAGAUCUGGAAGGUACUACAGGGUAAGACAACGAUAUGGGUUUUCCAACUAUAUUAUGAGCGGGACAGUAGUGUGCUGUGUUCUGGAAGGUACUACAGGGUACGGCAACGAUAUGGGUUUUUGCACUAUAUUAUGAGCGGGGCAGUAGUGUGCUGUGUUCUGGAAGGUACUACAGGGCACGACAACGAUAUGGAAUUUUCCACUAUAUUAUGAACGGGGCAGUAGUGUGCUGUGUUCUGGAAGGUACUACAGGGUAAGACAACGAUAUGGGUUUUGACACUAUAUUAUGAGCGGGGCAGUAGUGUGCUGUGUUCUGGAAGGUACUACAGGGUAAGACAACGAUAUGGGUUUUCCAACUAUAUUAUGAGCGGGGCAGUAGUGUGCUGUGUUCUGGAAGGUACUACAGGGUAAGACAACG